AUGGGUAUUAAGAUAUGGCAUAAGGUAAAUGUCAAUAGGAGUAAUAGACCUAUACUACGAGAUAAUGAGGAGAUACUAUACGUUAGAGAUAAUGUUGGUUUAUAUCAAGGUAAAGUUAAAAUAACUAAUCGUCAAUUCGGUAGACUUUACUUAACUAAUGUUCGAAUAAUUUAUAUCGAUAAUAUAGUGGAGAACUCAUUAUUCCUUGAAAUUAGUGGUAUCACUCGAACAGAAACAAUAGAUGGAUUCUUGAAGAGGUCACCAAAAGUGAAAAUAUAUUUUGUAGAAGAUUUACAACAAGAUUCGUCAUUAGAUUGGGUGUGUAAAAUAUGUUCAUAUAAUAAUCAUCUACCUAAAGUAGAUAUGAAUUCAUUGCCACCAUGUGUUUCAUGUGGUAUUCCACCAACAAGGAAAUACAUUGAAACCCUUAUGGAGACUCUGGAAGUUUCUGAAGGUAGAGAUGAUCAAUGUUCCAAGUGUACUUUCAUAAAUCAUCCAUCAUUGAAAUAUUGUGAAAUGUGUGGAUCAGAAUUGAAAUCGAAAUUGUCUAAAGCUUUGACCGAUAAAAUCCAGGAGAAUCCUUUGAAAAUAGAGUUGGAAGAUGAAGAAGCAUAUUCAGGUGAUGAUAAAUACAUCAAAAUUAGUUUUAGAAUGGGUGGUGAAACAAAAUUCAAUAAUUUAUUGGUUGAAAUUCUUGAAACAAACAAAUGGGAUAAAUUAAUUCAAUCAGGUAAUGUCAAUAAGGAUUCCAUCAAAGUCGAAGACAAAGUUGAUACCGUCAAAGGAAGUGGGAUAUAUAGACUCGAACUCCUUAGUGAACAAACAAGAAAGAAUAAUGAAAUCACUUUAAGCAAUUCCCUUGAAGAUGUUGAACAAUUGAUGUUUAAAUAUCAAGAUUUAAUCAAAUUGUCCAAUUCUUUCAACAAACUCAUCAAGCCUAUCAAAACAUACCCAAAGAUCAAAUUCAAUAUCGACAAAAAUUCAAAGGUUUAUUAUGAAGAGUUAUCGAAAUUCUUAAGUGAAUAUCUUACCUCCUAUAAAUUAAUCAAAAGUUCAUCCAUGAUCACUUUACAAGAUUUGUUUGCAGACUUCAAUAAGUUCUUGAUUCUAAAUCAAGGGAUAGGUAUUGAAUUGAUAUCUUCGAAUGAUUUCAUGAAAUCUAUUGAAUAUUUCGACAAAUUGGGAUUACCCAUCAUUUACCAAACGUAUGAAUCAACGGGUUUAAGGAUUCUAAAGCCCAAAUUCAAUGAAAAUGUAAGUCAGUUGAUUUUAAAGUUUUUAAAGACUUGUGAAAUUGAAUUCUUUUAUCAAAAGUAUAAGCUAAUAUAUCAAAUCGAUAAAGAUAAUUAUCUUAAAGAUAAUUUCAAGUUUUUCAAAGGUAACACUAUCAGUGAAAUCAGUGAAGAAUUCAAUUGGUCUAACAAUAUUACCAUUGAAGAACUAGAUAAGUUAGUCAAUGAAGGAUUGGUGGUGAUUGAUAACAGUAUAAUGGGGACAUUCUACUUUUUAAACAAAUUCAUUGAUUAUGAAGAAAUUGAUACCACAGGUUUUGAAGAAAGAUUACAACAAGAACAAGUUGAAAGGUUACAAUUAGAAGCUCAACAGUUAAAGAUUGCAACCGAUAAAUUUGGUAGCAAAGCCUUAUUUGAUUUGAAAGGCAUUAAUUUCUGA